ACAAUGUACUGUGUUUCAUUCAGGAUUUGGUAGCAAGUAGGAUAUGUAAUACAGUAAUACACAGUGGUGGAUAAUAACAAAUUUGUCAUCGAUGUCUGUAAGCACUGAAGUUAUCCUUAAGGAAGAGGGAAUUUGUUUGAAGAAAGUUCCUAUUGGUAAUCCUCUGGCAAUGUUGAAUGAUUUUGCGGCACAGUUAUCCCUUACUUAUGGGUCUUUUGCUAUGGAAAUUCUACGCAUGCAGCCAAAGGGAACAAGUAGUCGACGUGGACGUUCGUUGGUUAAAGGAACAUCGCUAGUGAGCCUUUUGUCUCCAGUGUCUUCUGUCAAAAAAGUUGGGCAUGCUCUUCAGAGGUCGAUGAGUUUUCGCAACAGCACCUCAUCGCCGAGUGUGACGAUCAAACCAUACAGCAAACCCCAGGCUACGCCAACGAAGAGGCGGGACAGCAGAUUAUGGUCGGAAACCGUACAGGGAAAUAUCAACGAAGUAAUGACGAAAAUACAGAUAAAACGGCAAGAGGCAAUUUUUGAGCUGUUACAAGGGGAGCACGACAUGGUAGACGAUCUAAAACUGAUCAUGAAAACCUACCGCGAUUCCAUGCGAUCAUUGCAAAUGCUUACAGAGAACGAAUUGAACACAAUAUUUGGCACGUUAGAAACGUUGACUCCAUUACACGAAGAAUUAAUUAAUGGAUUAAGGUUGCAAAGAAAUCAAGAUGGUACCACAGAUGUUGUCGGAAAAGUUUUCCUAGAAUGGUUGCCCACCGUUCUAGAUACAUAUAUAACAUAUUGUUCCAACCAACUCGCUGCAAAGACUCUCCUUGAUGAGAAGAAGCAGACAAAGCAAGUUAGUGACUUUCUGCAAAGGUGUCAAGAAUCGCCAUUCAGCCGCAAGCUAGAUCUUUGGAAUUUUCUAGACGUUCCCAGAAGUCGACUAGUAAAGUACCCACUCUUGCUGAAGAACAUCUUAAUGUUGACGCCAAGCGAUCACGAAGAUAGACAAUCUUUAGUAGAAGCAAUAAAAGUUGCAGAGAAUAUGAUAAAAAUGGUUGAUAGGCGAACAGGAGAAACAAAAUGCCGUCAUUACAUCAACUCAUUUGAAUACUUAGACGACAAACAAAGGCAUCCGCUGAUAAAUGAACAAAAAGUCCUGCUCUGUGGUGGUUUACUGAAAAACAGCAAAGGAACAAAACUUCAUGUAUUCCUGUUUGAGGAGAUACUGGUGAUGACGAGGCUGGUCACGCGCAAUGGCAACAAAGCCUACCAAGUUCACCGUCAACCAAUUCCCAUCGGAAACCUGAUGGUCGAAGAUCUAUCUGAUGGAACAGUCAAGUCUGGUGGGUCAUUCAGAGGUGCUUUCACAAACAACCAAACAUAUAAACACACAUUACGAAUUAACCCUGUGGAUGGCAGUAGCGGACAGUCAUGCAGUUUGCAAGCGAACGAUGAACAUGAUAAAAAACAAUGGUUACUACAACUACGAAGUGCAAUCAAUUCAGUAAAGCAGGAAAACGGAAACACGAUGUUGCCCACCUCAUCAUCAGACUGAAUAAAAGGAGAUAGUUUUAUGCGAUGAUGUUAUAUAUGCAGGAACUUGUGGAUGAAAAUAUAGCAGCACACAACUGUCCCAGCAAACAUCUGGACAAUUUACGUGUGGGCUGUAUACGCAAAGACUUGACAUUGUAAUUUAGAGACACGCGGCAGUCCAAGAAACAUCUGGACAAUUCAGUUGGCACGCAGUGUCCGAAAACACCUUGAGAUUGAUUUAAUUAAUGUGGUUGUCGGUCGCGGCAGAGGGGAUGUGCUGCGAAGCUUGUAACGCUGAAAUGGACUUGUUGCUGAUAGCCAUAGAAUGACUACACAUCUGUAUUUUACAACAGUGUGCUUGAUAUGCCUUCUGGCAUGGUCUUUAUCAUCAUUUUUUGAUGCUAUGUGUUGAUCAUGAAUAUUCAUAAAUAUUUCAAUCAAACUGCAUCUUUAUGUGCUAGGUUAAUGGUACAAUACUUAGAUCAUGAAUAUUCAUACAGAAUCAUAAAUAUUUAAAUCAUUAACUGCAUUAUUAUGCUGUGUUAAUGUAAAUUUGAUCUUGAAUAUGCAUAGCUAAUAAUUUAUUAUUACUAUCAUGUUAUAAUUAAAGAGAGACAAUCAACUUAAGAAACCUUCAUUUCUCUGUUUUUACGGGUAUUUUUCACUGUAAUCUGGGGAAAAUAAGAUUAACCAAAUUUUUAAAUAGUGAAUUUAUCUGUUAACUACAUUUUAGUAUUUUUAUACCCACACAACUCAUAUAUUUCGUUACUUUGAAAAUUUGCUUUGAAAUGUUUUUGUUUUCUGAUCAUAUUGUUUCAGUUACACUGUACUUAGAACAACAGCCUGAGUAACAUGGGGCCUUAAAUGUAAAUUAUGUAUAUAAUAAGUUCAAUGUACAAAUUGUAAGUAAUAGUCUUUUUUUUUAUUGUAAAGGUGCUUUUUACUGAAGGAUAUAUUCCUGUCGUAAAGAGACAGUUCGACAGUUGGAGAAAAAAAAAACAAUUAAAAAGUGUACCUGGAUGGAUAAUCCUGCACUAUGGUUCUAAAAAAAUAAUCAAUAAAAGUAUACAAAGUUGAAUUUGAUUUUAAUCUAAGAAUAAACAACCAUGAAAUAUUCAUAAAUGUUGAUAUUUUGUUGAAAAUCAUUAUGUAUUUAGAAGCAAUUCUUUCAACUCAUAUUUCUUGUAACAAGACAUUUGUAUUUAUAACUUGAUGAAUUACAGUAAACCGCAAGGCAACUUUCAGUCGUUUCUUAAAUUUAGCAAAGAUUUUUUUAAAAAUUAAUUUGUCUUUCUUUAAUUUUAGUAUUUAUUUGUUAAUGAAAAAUUAGAAAUCAGUAAGAAUGAAUGAAUAAAUUUAUAAAAUUUAACUUUGUUAUUAAAGUUGGAAGUUUGCACGAGUGAUUCAAAGGAGUUCAUACCAGUGUAAAGCUAGUUUCACUUUAUUAGCAACUUCUAGAUUUUUAAGAGAAGAACAAUGUACUACAGUUCGCCCUCCAAUUCGAGACGACCUUUGGGAUGUGAACAUUUGGUGUGGUCUCUUGUUGGUCUCCAAUUAGAGGAUUAGCAUUGUGUUAGAAGAUUGUUAUUUGGUUCUUUUAAAAAGUGGUUACAAAUUAGAGGGGUCUCGGAGAGGGGUCUCAAAUUGAAGGGUGCCCUGUAGUAAUGCGUCCUGACCUGAAAAUGACAAGUCAUUCCAGAAAUACUAAUGUUCCCCCACCCAAUUAUUUUGGCAGUCAAAACCGGGGGUAAACUAGGGCAUAAAAUCCUGUAGUAAAAUUGGAGACAAUGCAUCUUAUUCAGGCCAAUUGUUUGCUUCAUGUAUCCUGUGUUUUGAUUCGUUAAUUUACAUUUAUUUAUUUAUUUUGUUCAUCUUCAAUUUUAAUGUGUUCUUGAGUGUCUAAAUCCUAAGUUGUGAUUUUUGUCAAUGUAUUGAAAAAAACAAAUUAUUUAAAAUAGUUUAUUAAGUUUUAAAAAUGAUGUUAAUGGUGUACUAGCAGGCUCAUUGUGUAAAUGUCAUACCUGCAAUAUCUUUCACCCAUUUGUCUGUAAUACUACUAUCAAUCAAAUUGUGUCAGAGAAAAAUUAUUAUCCAAAUUGACUUCAUUGUGUAUGUAGUCUUUCCAGUUAUUCUUGGAAAUAAAUGCUAAUCACUUUGUAAAUGAAACAAAAGUAGCAA